AUGGCCUUGGUUGGAAAAAAGGCAGAGUUGCUGCAGGCGCAGCGUCAUGCUGUGCUACAGGCGGAAUACGAUGCUUGGAUGAGCUCCCCAGCUCGCUCUCCGGCUGCUGCUGAGGAGGAGGACGCGUGGCUCGGCUCUUCUGAGGACCGGGAAGUACCUCAAGCUGAAGCCGAGGCUGCAGAUGAGGUUUAUUCACUGUAUAUGGCUGCAGAGGGCGACGGCUUGGAGGAUGAUUCGGAUCUCAGCAGCAGCUGCAGGAGUGACGCCAAGUUGGUCGGCUCUGAGGCAUCCAGCACGACCAGUGGUUUCUCUGGCAGCAGCUGCAGCGGCCAGAGCUCCAGCGAAGAGCCUUCCACUGCCAGUGCUGUCAACAUCCUCUGCCUUGGUGAUUGCAAGCUCAACCGCUACCAGAGCUUGGUCAGGGGAACGCCUGCAGCCAGUUGGAGAAAGCUCCCUACUCGGCGUCUCCAGCCUGACAGCACGCGACCACCAGCAGUAGCUGUUGUGGAGAAAACGGCGGUGACUGCUUCUGGUCCAGGUGGGGGUCUCAUGGAUGGGUCAGCAGCUCAAGAGAGUCUGAGGCAGGAGGUUCGGGUUGUAGCAGCAGUAGCAGCUGUAGCAGUUGUGGAGAAAACGGCGGUGACUGCUUCUGGUGGAGCCCUCAAGCCGCUCCAGGACGGGUCAGCAGGGAGCACAAGGCAGCUGUAUCUGAGUGCAAGUGUGCUGUGUGGAUCGAGGCCAAUGGUUGCUCCUUCCGGUGGAGGCUUGAAGGAAGCGGCAGCUCAACAGAGUAUGAGGCAGGAGGGUGGGGUUGGAGGUGCAAGGGAAGUGGCGUCAAGAGCAUUGGUUGCUGUUCCUGGUGGGUCUGCUGCAGUACAGAGCACGAGGCAGCAGCAGGGAAGACUUGGGGUUGCAACACCUGGAGUUAGGGAAGCAGCUUCAAGAACGUUGGCUGCUCUUUCUGGUGGAUCUCUCAGGGAAGGCCCAGCAUCAUCAGCACUGAUAAAGAGGCAUCUGGAAAAGGUUGUAGGCAGGAAAUUUGGAGCUUGGAAGGAGUUCGACAUUCGUUGGACAUGGGAGUUCGUCAGCCCUAUUUAG